ACUUUCGCUCUUCGACAAAACUUUGCAGAGGGCGGAACGUACCAUUUCUCAGCUCGACGGGGGUAGCCGCUCGGCUCAAGUCCCGCCUCGAAGGGGGGACCCAGUUGGAAGUAUUUGGGAAUAUAAAAUGAAGGAACUUUGCUUCUCUGCUACAUUAUGCAACAGCAGCACACUGCGACUAGUGAUCGCACACACACACCUCUCCGUGACAAGCUGACCACCACCUUCACGCUGUAGUGUUCUUGGGACACCCGUGCGUGCGCUCGUGAGUGAGCUGGCGGAGUGUUUUCGGCGAGUUUUGUCGUCUCGCGGCUGUCGCCCCGGAGUGGAGAACUCGAAUCCGCUCUUGCGCCUCCGUUGAGCCGGUUCCACCGCAAGAAAGCCAUGGCAGGGGACGGAUCUGAGCGCGCUCUGCAAUAUGAGCAAACCCUGAUGUAUGGGCGCUACACACAGGACCUGGGUCUGUAUGCGCGGGAGGAGGCAGCUCGCCUGCGCGAGGAGGCGGGGCUUCGGCGAAGUUUGAGUGACAGGCGCAAAUCUCUAGAGCUGCUGGAGUUUGAGAAGGGUCGCUGCGCCAAGUGCAGGAUCUGUACAGUGCGCUGUCAGAAGUUCCUGAUCUCGCGUGUGGGAGAGGACUGGAUCUUCCUGAUCCUGCUCGGCCUGGUCAUGGCCCUGGUCAGCUGGGCAAUGGACUUCUGCAUCGCCAUCUGCCUGCAAGCACAGAAGUGGAUGUUUGGAGGUCUGGAGAGUAAUGUGUUUCUGCAGUAUCUGGCCUGGGUGACUUACCCUGUAGUGCUCAUCAGCUUCUCGGCAGGGUUCACACACAUUGUGGCCCCACAGGCAGCAGGUAGUGUUAUCCCAGAGAUGAAGACCAUUCUGAGGGGUGGUGUUGAAGGGUAUCUGACCCUCAAGACCUUUGUGGCCAAAGUCAUGGGCCUCACCUGUGCACUGGGCAGUGGUAUGCCUCUGGGAAGGAGGGGGCCAUUUGUACAUGUGCGUCACUUUGUUGCAGCUCUUCUCAACAAGUUUAUGUCUCUCUUGGAGGAAUCUAUGAGAUAUAGUGUGUCAAAUGAGUCACGGAACAUCGAGAUGCUUGCUGCCGCCUGCGCGGUUGGAGUGGGCUGCUGUUUUGCUGCACCCAUCGGAGGUGUCCUGUUCAGUAUUGAGGUAACUUCCACCUUCUUUGCGGUGCGGAACUACUGGAGGGGUUUCUUUGCUGCCACCUUCAGUGCCUUCAUCUUCAGAGUACUGGCAGUGUGGAAUAAAGAUGAAGAGACCAUCACUGCGUUGUUCAAAACUCGCUUCAGACUGGACUUCCCCUUUGACCUCCAGGAGCUGCCAGCUUUUGCUGUCAUAGGGAUUGCGAGUGGUUUUGGGGGAGCUCUCUUUGUGUACCUCAACAGGCUUAUUGUCCAGUUCAUGAGGAAGCAGAAAACCAUCAACAAGUUCCUCAUGAAGAAGCGUCUGCUAUAUCCAGCUCUAGUCACUUUGCUCAUCUCUACCAUCACAUUCCCACCUGGUUUUGGUCAGUUCAUGGCUGGAAGGCUGACGCAGAAGGAGUCCCUAGUGACGCUGCUGGAUAAUCGCACGUGGGCCAAGCAGGGCAUCGCCGAGGAGUUCGACUACAUCGGCCACUCCCAGGCCUGGCAGCACCCUCAGGUCAACGUCUUCGUCACUCUCCUCAUCUUCAUCGUCAUGAAGUUUUUGAUGUCUGCUUUGGCUACAACCAUUCCAGUCCCGUGUGGCGCUUUUAUGCCCGUCUUUGUCAUUGGUGCAGCAUUUGGCAGGUUGGUUGGUGAGAGUAUGGCUGCCUGGUUUCCUGAUGGCAUACACACAGAAAGCACCACCUAUUCUAUAGUUCCAGGAGGCUACGCAGUCGUGGGUGCGGCUGCGCUGUCAGGUGCGGUCACACACACAGUGUCGACGGCGGUGAUCGUGUUUGAGCUGACGGGUCAGAUCUCGCACAUCCUGCCCAUCAUGAUCGCGGUGAUCCUGGCCAACGCGGUGGCCCAGAGCCUCCAGCCCUCCAUCUACGACUCCAUCAUCCGAAUCAAGAAGCUGCCCUACCUGCCCGAGCUGGGCUGGGGACACCUUAGUCGCUCAUGACGAUUGAGUAUGCACCAGCGCGCCCAGGCCGACAAGAAGCGUCUGUCCGAGAUCAGCGAGGAUGGAGGUCAAAGGGUCAACCAGGAGGUCCGCUUCCAGAUCUCCACUGAAGAGUCCUCCUACAGCCCUCCUCGCUCUGUGAGCCCCAAGCCUCUGAAGCCGGCGCUGAAGAGAUCAUCUGUAGUGGAGCGCAGCACAGAGAUCCCCAUCAGUCCUCAGGACUCUGGUAUUGCUCUGAAGAACCUCUUCUGUGCCUACCCUGAGACGGAGGGACUGGAGAAUAAUAACAUGGAGAGUUCUGUGACUCCUGAGCUCAAACGGCCCAAACGCGUCAGGAUCUCUGUUGUGGAUGACCCAUAUGUGGAGGACGACAUGACCAUCAGAGAGAUUGCUGAGUGGGAGGAGCUUCAGCUUGAUGAACAGAUCAACUUUGACAACUGCAAGAUAGACCCCGCCCCCUUCCAGCUCGUGGAGCGGACAUCACUUCACAAGACACACACUAUCUUUUCUCUUCUGGGAUUGGAUCACGCCUAUGUCACCAGCAUUGGAAGACUCAUCGGUGUCGUCUCCCUCAAAGAGUUACGGAAGGCCAUAGAGGGUUCUGUUACAGGGAAGGGGGUGAAGGUGCGCCCCCCGCUGGCUAGUUUCCGUGACAGCGGCACCAGCAGCAGUGAAACCGAGGCAACGGAACUCCACAAGCUCUGGGACCGCCACACCAGCAUCAGCCUGCCACGAGAACACCUCCAGACCUCGGAUUCAGACGACAAGUCUCAAUAACACACACACACACACACACACACACUCCUGAGUCUACCCUGAGACCACCAGGACUGUGACUCUGAUGACUUUGAAGUCUUAAAAACAAAACCUGAGAGGGAGGGGGACAGUGAGAGAACGAAAAGGGCUUUCAUUUGAGAUUAUGUGUUAAACUGACCCACCCCACUCUGACCCAACUGACCAAUCGCAAACACCCCUAAACACUAACUGACCAAUGAUAAACAUUCCAUUCAACAUUAACUGACCAAUCAUAACAAUCCCCUCAACACUAACUGACCAAUCAUAAAGAUCCCCUCAACACUAACUGACCAAUCAUAAAGAUCCCCUGACCACUCUCUCUAGACACUAAGAAACUCUUUCCUGUCGUAUAGUGCCUUUCCGUUUUAACCAAUCAAAACUGCUGUUUUAUAACCUCAAGUGCCGUGCACCAAUCACUCCUGCACUUUAAACAAGUACUGACCAAUCCUAGAGCCUGGGUACCAAUCUCUCUGGUGGAGAUUUCUGACCAGAUAUCAACACUAAUAUUAACACUCCAUGCUCUCUCUCUCUCUCUCUAUCUUUCUCUUUCUCAUUGUCCAGUCUAUUUCAGAGGGACUGGACAUUCGCUGUUGGCAAAACAUCCACAGAAUGUUCCAAUCACACAGAUCACAAACAGUCAUCUUCAAAAGUGGCGAAAUCCGUCACAACAGCUACAACAUUCUGUCCAGCGUACAUUCAGAUCCACACACACACACACACACACACACAAACACACACACACACACACACACACACAAACACACACUCCUUUUGUCUUCCUGUGGUGCCCAGACCUGUCUUGCACUUCUUACCAUGGGGUGGUGUUGCCACAGCAACGAAGACAAACACUCCGUGUCUUCACUCAGAGUCCUUAUGUCAAAUCAGCAUGAACAAACACACACAUGCACACACUGGCUGAUGAGCACACACACACACACACACACACACACAUUCAGAGGUCAUGGCAAGUGUGUGUGAUGUGUGAUAUGAAGAGCUGAAUGUUUGUUUGUUUGUUUGUAAACGUGUUCUGACCAAACACAUGUGAGCAGUAGGAGAGAUUAGCUGACUCCUCCCUAUGUGCUCAUUUUCAUUGGUCUGGAUUUGUGUCCAUAUCCCACCCUCAACCAAUCAGCUGUCAUCAUUGCUUGAAAUGAUGGGAGGUGGGGCUUGUUGUAACAUGCAUCAUGGAAAUUUAAAUUCUUAUUUUUCUGACGUAAUUUUAGUUUUAAGCCUGGUUUGUUUCUGAUUUAUUGUGUUUGAAAAUUAUAUCUAUAUCAAAAUAUAAUGAUAUUUUCUCUAUGUUUAAACCUAAUGAUGUUUCACCUGUGUCCAAACCUAAUGAUAUUUUAUUGCUUGACGACCAGCAGGAUACAGAAGUCCUGUUCGGAUGAUGAGAUUGGUCUAGGCGUUGGUUGUCACGGCAACAGGAGAGCGUGUUUAGAUGCCUACAUAUUUAAUAUAUUAAACCCCAUCUGUGUGGAGACGCAGAUGAACUUCAACUCUAACUUAUGUUGUGUGUGUGUGUCUGUGUGUGUGUGUGUGUGUGUGUGUGUGUGUGUGUGUGUGUGAGAGCGUAGCACAGGCUCUUCCUGCUCUGGGCUGAGCUGUGCCAGGCUUUGUCAAUGUGCUAUUUCUUGAUGUUUGAUUUUUUGUGGUAGUUUGUCCAGAGACUCAAGUGACAUUCCCACAACCUUCCUACAACAUUCCCACAACCUUCCUAUAACAUUCCCACAACCUUCCUACAACAUUUCCUCAACCAACCAGGUUAGCGCCUCAGCCAAGCUGACAGAUAAGUGUUCCUUGCGUCAGGGUGCGUGUAUUGUGUGCUCUACGAGUCUCUGCUGAGUGGAGGUGUCGGGGAGGUUGUGCUGAGGUUGCCGCAAGGUUUUCCCUUUGGAAUAUGUACUGUAUCAGGGCGAGAGAGGACCAUUUCAUUGGUCAUAGGAAGCUGUCUGUCAUCUCACCGAGUGCCUGAGAAAUCUACAAAUGACUGGAAAAUACACAGACACACACACACACAUCUGCAGUACUCCUAUCUCUUCACAGUGGACACACACACACAUACACACUCACAGUGCCUGAGGAAUCUACAAAUGACUG